AUCACUUCCCCUGAGCUUGCCUUCCAUUUCCAUGGCGUCGGCCGAUUCAGCUGAGUUGGCUCUAGCUCGGCGAUUCGCCACCUGACGUGCCCGUCCUUGUCCGCCGUUUCUCCACUUCUCUCCUUGCCAAAAAUAACGCACCUAGCAUACCAGGACGGGACCAGGCAGCCGGCAUCAGGGAUCAUCAUUGAUCUCAUCGCAUCGAAGCUGAGCCGUUCGUGACAGCGACAGAUCCAAAAGCUAGGCUUUUGUAGCUUCUUCCUUCCUUUUUCCUUCCCUUGUUGCAUUUGGAAGGAAGGUGGAGGUCCCCUUUUGAUAGCAACAGCAACAGGGGGAGGAGAGGGGAGGGGAGGGGAGGGGUCGAGGGGAGGAAGGUGGUGGCCGGCGAGGUGGUGGCAUUCGCUGUCGCCGCCACGUUUAGGCUCAAUCGCCGCCUUUCUCUUCCUCUUCCUCCUUCCUGCUUGCCCGCCCCAACAACCUUCGUUCCCCACCUAAAGUACAGGGGCCUGAUACCUCUGGGCAAGCAGGGGGGGCCUCCAUGGCGGCGGUGCUGGACUCCUUCGUCAAGCGAUGCACGGCGUCAUUGGAAGACUUCGCUAGCCAGGAGGCCUGUGUCGCCCUCGGCAUCGGGGAUGACGUGAGGGGCCUCCUCGCCACGCUGUCGCGCAUCGAUGCCAUCAUCUCCCAUGAGGAGCGGAGGAGGGUCCUUAGCGCCAAAGCUGAUGCGUGGGUGGUGCAGGUGAAGGAUGCCAUGUAUGAGAUUGACAACAUCUUUGAUGUCUGCAUGAUUGAGGGCGCAAAGGUUCUUGCCGAUGACCGCCCACCCACGCCCAAGGUCCGAUGCUUCUCCUGCUUCAAGCCUUCGGGCCCCCGGAAGUUCCGCCAUGAGAUCGGCUUCACCAUUAGGGACAUUGAUCUCAGGCUCAGGGAGGUGGAGGAGGAGAUGCCUAGGCUUCCUGCUGGAUCAGUUCACUCUGAUGCAAAAAGGGACUCAUUCAGCCAUAAUGUCUGUAAGAACUGUUCUGAUGCCAUGAAGCCCCAAGCAGUUGGGUCGCAGGUCCAGAAGGCUGUGGGUGGCCUUGUGCCAAGGAUGCUUAGAGAGGGCAAGAAGAAGGUGGAUGUCUUCGCCAUUGUUGGUGCGGUGGGGAUUGGCAAGACUACGCUUGCUAGGGAGAUCUACAAUGAUGACAGGAUGACUGAAAAUUUCCCCAUUUGUGUGUGGGUCGACAUGUCAAAGGAUUUAUCGGAGUUAGAUUUCCUCAAAAUGAUCAUCAGGGGUACUGGUGCCAAUGUUGGGGAUACAGAAAACAAGGAGGAUCUCCUCAUCCUCCUCGGCUCUGCCCUUUCAAAAAGGUUCCUCCUUGUCCUGGAUGACUUGGACAGCCCAAGCAUAUGGGACAAUCUGCUCAAAGAUCCGUUGGGAGAUGGUGUCGCGAGAGGAAGAAUACUGAUCACAACUCGGAAUGAGGAAGUGGCAGCAAGUAUGAAGGCAACUAUCCACCGUGUUGACAAAAUGGACCCUGAGAAUGCCUGGGCAUUAUUGUGCAAACAAGUUGAUCCAGAAUGCAAUUUGGAAGAGCUUGCGACAUUAAAGGAUGUUGGGUUUAAGAUUGCAGAGAAAUGUGAUGGCCAUCCUCUAGCAAUCAAGGUCAUUGCAGGUGUCCUAAGGUCAAGGGGCAACAGCAAGGCUGAAUGGGAGAUGGUUCUGAAUAAUGAUUCUUGGUUCGUGAGCCCGGUCCUUCCAGAAGUACCACAAGCUGUGUAUGUGAGUUAUGUUGACCUGCCAUCUCACCUGAAGGAGUGUUUCCUCCAUUGCUCUCUGUAUCCAGAAGAAUACCCCAUUCAGCGCUUUGAUCUUGUGCGGCGUUGGAUUGCUGAAGGAAUUGUAAAUCCCAGAGACAACGAACUGCUCGAAGAAUCAGCUGAAGAGUACUAUGUAGAAUUGAUAAGCAGAAACCUACUACAGCCUGAUCCUGAAAGUGUUGAGCGAUGCUGGAUAACACACCAUCUUCUCCGUUCACUAGCCCGCCUUUUGAUUGCAGAUGAGAGUAUCUUAAUUUAUGGUCAGCAGAAAUUGAACACCUCAUUGUCAAAGCCCCGGCAUCUCACAUUGUGUAACAUGGAAAGCAGCUUGGACAUUCCGAUUUCACUGAAGCAGCAGAUGAGCUUAAGGUCAUUGGCACUCUUCAAAAGCCCAACUGUCAGAGCAAUUGAUCUUCUCACCGAGUCAGCUUCAUGCUUGCGUGUAUUAGAUUUGAGCAAUACAGCAGUGGAGGCCCUCCCGAAAUCCAUUGGCAACUUGGUACAUUUAAGGUACCUCAAUCUUGAUGGAACUCAGGUCCGAGACAUACCUUCUUCCAUUGGAUUUCUCAUAAACUUGCAGACCUUGAGCCUUCAAGGUUGCCAAAGCUUACAGAGACUUCCUUGGUCCAUCAGAGCAUUGCUAGAGCUUAGAUGCCUUUGUCUUGAGGGAACUUCCCUAAGCUAUGUACCAAAGGGUGUUGGUGAAUUGAAGCAUCUCAAUCAUCUAGAUGGUCUAAUCAUCGGUCAUGACAACAAUGUGCCUGAGGGUUGUGACCUAGAUGACCUUAAAGCUUUGUCAGAACUAAGGCACCUUCAUGUAGAGAGUUUGGAUAGGGCUACUUCUGGUGCUGCUGCACUCGCAAACAAGCCAUUCCUAAAGGAUCUGUACCUCUCUGAGCAAGCCCCAGUAAUAGAAAACCAGGAGAGUCCUGAGGACAAGGAUGAAACAGAAAAAGAAGAGGAGGAGGAGCAGGAAGGAAGCAAUGACCAAUGCAGGGGAGAUGAAUCAGCCAAAGCUAGUGAAAAGAUAUGGAAUGAGCUCACGCCACCCCAUAGCAUUGAGAAGCUGGUAAUCAAGAACUACAAAGGUAUAAAAUUUCCGAAUUGGAUAAGAGGUCCCAAGCUAGGAGCCUCCUUCCCCAGCCUUGUGUUUUUGGAUCUUGAAAACUGCAUGUCAUGCACUAAACUGCCUUCACUUGGCCUCCUGAGUCAACUCCAGUCCCUGCAAAUCUCAAAUGCGGACUCAGUCAUCACCAUUGGUUCUGAAUUUCUUGGGACCACUGUACUUUCACCAGCCACUUCAUUUCCCAAACUUGAGGUUUUAAAGCUCAGAAACAUGAAGAAACUUGAAGACUGGUCUUUAACUGUGGAGGAGAACCAGGUAGUGUUUCCUUGUUUGAAGUCACUGCAGAUACAGUGGUGUCCUAAACUGAAAGCUCUACCAGAAGGCCUGAAGCAUGUGGAGCUGUGUGAACUUCAUGUAGAGGGUGCACAUAGCCUCACUGAAAUCAAGGACCUGCCAAAACUAUCUGAUGAGCUACAUCUCAAAGAUAACAAGGUGCUCCAGAGGAUCUCCAACCUGCCCAUGCUUGGUUCCCUCAUUAUUGAUGACUGUUCAAAGCUGAAGCAUGUGGCAGGUCUUGACGCGCUGCAACACCUCAGACUUGUCUUUCCUCCAUCCACUGAGACAUUUUAUUUCGAAGAGCUAAUCAUUUUCUGGAGCAUUGCCUUCCCACGGUGGCUGGAGCUACUGAUUCAAAAGUGCAAAGGCCUGCGACGGUUUGAGUUGCAGUGCGGCCUGUCAUUACUCAGGAGCUGCCUUGACAGUGGCAAGAACUGGCAUCUCGUGCAGCAGAUCCCUGAGGUGCGCAUCAUAAGCUGUGAUGGCAAGAGGUAUUUUCGGUAUAACAAGAGUCGUCGCAUUUACGAAACUAAUGCACAGUCAGAAGAGUGAAGCCAUUCUGAAAAUUUUGGCAUGACACUGGUUUGUUUUGGGUCAGCCACACGUUUCAGUUGUUGUUGUCCUUUGUUCCGGGAGUUUGUGUUUAUAUUGAGAGCUUGUAUUCUGUUCACGAUUGAUUUAGGAGUUCUCUGUUUUGCGUGGUUUCUCUUUUUAUCGCUCUACCAGUAUAUGCACUGGUUCUCCGGUGGAUCAAUGCAGAUGCUCACAUUUUCUUUACCUUUGAAUAUGGGUAUCCUUCACCAGGACUCAAUAUGUAUGAUUCUUUUCUGUUUCCUGGUUAUGAUGGUCUGUAAAUUGUAAACAUUGGGUUUGAUGGAUUUGACUUUGGAGUGCAAAGUAUUGGCAGUUAAAUACACAGCCUUUUUUCGUGGCUCAAAAAA